AUGCCAACCCCCUACCCACCAGCCUGCCUGUCCACGUCAAGGACACACAGACUCCUUCCCUUUCCAGACUGGAAAGCCCCCUUUUGGGGUAGCAGGAAGAAAGGAAAUGACCUGCAGCUCUUCCUAAUCCAUCCAGGACCUUGGGCUGAGCCGACAGUUCAAGGGUACAAACCUACCCGGAGGCUUCGGGCCUUGGGGGGCCUGGCUGGAGGUGCAACACUCAUGGCCCUCUGGCUCCGUUGGCUGCUGGAAUCAGUUCCUGUGGAUGCUCCAAUGCCUCAGCCCACAGUCACCAUCCUUAUCUGGCACUGGCCUUUCACCAACCGGCCCCCAGAGCUGCCUGGUGACACCUGUACUCACUAUGGCAUGGCUAGCUGCCGCCUGAGUGCUAACCGGAGCCUGCUAGCCAGUGCAGAUGCUGUCGUUUUCCACCACCGUGAGUUGCAGACCCUGCAGUCUCGCCUGCCCCUGGACCAGAGACCUCAGGGACAGCCUUGGGUCUGGGCCUCCAUGGAAUCGCCCAGCAACACCCAUGGUCUCCAUCACUUUCGAGGCAUCUUCAACUGGGUGCUGAGCUAUCGGCGUGAUUCAGAUAUCUUUGUACCCUAUGGUCGAUUGGAGCCCUACUCUGGGCCUACACCCACACUACCGGCCAAAAGCAAGAUGGCUGCCUGGGUGGUCAGCAAUUUCCAGCAGAGGCAGCAGCGUGCAAGGCUGUACCGGCAGCUGGCCCCUUACCUGCAGGUGGAUGUGUUUGGACGUGCCAGUGGACGGCCCCUGUGCGCUAACUGUCUGCUGUCCACUGUGGCCCGGUACCGCUUCUACCUGUCCUUUGAGAAUUCACAGCACCGAGACUACAUCACUGAGAAGUUUUGGCGCAAUGCGCUGGCGGCUGGUGCUGUGCCCGUGGUGCUAGGACCUCCUCGGGCCACCUACGAGGCUUUUGUGCCACCAGAUGCCUUUGUACACGUGGAUGACUUCAGCUCAGCCCGUGAGCUGGCUGUCUUCCUUGUCAGCAUGAAUGAGAGUCGCUAUCAGCGCUUCUUUGCUUGGCGAGACCGGCUCCGUGUGCGGCUCCUAGGUGACUGGAGGGAACGCUUCUGCACCAUCUGCGCCCGCUACCCUUACUUGCCCCGCAGCCAGGUCUAUGAAGACCUAGAAAGUUGGUUCCAGGCUUGA